AUGUCGGCACUCGCUUUGUCCAGUUCACCUGGGAUGCAUGUAUGCCUAGAUGCUACAGACUUGCCUGCUACACCCAUUGUCGAGCCUGAGCUAGCCUUGGAAGAACGUGGUCGCUUGAAGCGACGACGCAUGUCUUCUCACUCAACACGUCGAGCAUCUUCACCUUGGAGAGGCCAUGAUAGCAAAAGCCGGGCGAGGAACAGGAGUGGAAGCAGACGUCAGACGAAGAGUCCCAUUUCUGAAAUUGAGGCUCUCGGUAUCGAGAGUGAGGAGGAUAGGAAGAAGAUGAGGAAGAGGAGUCAACCUCGGAGUCGCCAUCGAGUCGAUGGUCCAGAGGACGAUGAUGUGAUCCGACGCCAGCGGAGCUACCCGAACCUCUACAAAGCUGAGAGGAAUGACUCUCAAAACGGAAAACAGUGCGCGGUCUUUGCAGAUUAUGAAACAGUCGCGGCUCAAGACAAAGUGUCCGCACCGCGAUGUCUCUAA